AUGAAGGAAAAAGCCAGCCUCAUUGCAGCUGCGUUAAGGCCCCAGGAAGAACAAGGACAAGUUUCCCGUCCUCACCAGAUCGCGCUGGGAUGCAAUCAGUGUGCAUAUUGCAAAAAAGAAGGCCAUUGGAAAAAUGAAUGUCCGGAUAAGCCCCAGGUACAGUGGAGAAGUCGUGGCCGAGGAGCCGGAGGACGGGUGCUACAAGCCCCCCAGUUUAAAUCAGUCGGUACCAAAGUAGGCUCAUGCGAAGUAGAGCAUGAAUUUCUCCUGAUUCCUUCCUGCCCGAUACCCCUGAUUGGCCGAGACCUUCUUUGUAAAGUCCAAGCCACAUUAUCUUUCCACCUUGACUGCCGCGUCACAGCUACAGCCGGAGGACAACCCCUGUUGUUAACUUGUCCUCUUCAAGAAGCUUGGAGGCUUGGACCAAUUUUGGGGUUGUGUGCAUCACCAACAAUCCACUAUACAUCAGUAGCCCUUCAGGUCAUUAGGGCUGUUCCGGGAAUAUGGGCUGAAGACCAUCCUGGGGGACUAGCCAAAUUCGCUGAGCCGCUUCAAAUAGAUUUAAAGGAUGAUUAUGCUGUUGUCAAUCAACCUCAAUACACAAUUCCAGCGGACGCCAAGGUUUCUAUGCAUGAACAUUUGGGUAAAUUGAUUCAACUCAAUGUUCUAGUCCCAAUUGUCUCAGCUUGGAAUACUCCUCUAUUACCUGUAAAAAAGCCGAGUUUGGGACCAGCACCUCUCUACCGCCCUGUGCAAGAUCUCCGCCUUGUCAAUCAACAGAUCAAAGACAUUGUAGCUGUGGUGGCCAACCCAUAUUCUCUUAUAAGUUUGAUUCCAGGAGGAAGUUUGUGGUAUUCCGUGAUCAACUUAAAGGAUGCCUUCUUCACCAUCCCUCUGCACCCUGACUCUCAAGCCAUCUUCGCCUUUACAUGGGAACAUCCACGUACCGGUCAGAAAAAACAGUUUGCGUGGUCCAGGCUGCCACAAGGGUUCAAGAACUCGCCUACCCUGUUCGGACAGCAACUAGCUAGAGACCUCCAAAGGUUCCAAGAGGAGGUUGGUUUGGUCCUCCAAUAUGUGGAUGACCUCCUGUUACCCCGUCAGACGAGAGAGGAAUGUCUGGCGGAUACUGUUGAACUGCUUUGGUGGCUUGAGGAGUGUGGAUACCGCGCCAGCAAGGCCAAAGCGCAGAUCUGCAGCCAAGAAGUCACCUAUUUGGGAUUUAUAAUUAAGAAAGAUACCCGUAUCCUAGGAGCUAGUAGAACCCAAACUAUUGGUUGCGUGCCUAGACCGACCAAUAAAAAGGAACUUCAAGUAUUCUUGGGAAUGGCCGGCUAUUGCCGCAUUUGGAUCUUUGACUAUGCUUCCCUAACUAAACCCCUAUAUGAUCUAUUGAAGGGGAAGAUUCCGGAGUCAUAUCCCCUGGAAUGGACUAGUGCAGAAACUUCGGCCCUGAGACGAUUGAAACAGGCCUUGACCAGUCUCCCUGCUUUGGGUCUACCUGACAUCACUAAACCUUUUCAACUAUUUGUGGAUGAGAGAAAGGGAACUGCAGUAGGAGUUCUCACGCAACGUGUCGGAAAUUGGAAUCGACCUGAUGCCUAUCUUAGUAAAAACAUGGACCCUGUCAGCCGUGGAUGGCCUGGGUGCCUCCGCAGCAUUGCGGCUGAAUCCCUUCUUUUAACCGAAGCCACCAAGCUAACUUAUGGUCAGUCCAUAGAAGUAACGGCUCCUCAUUCCAUUCAGUCAUUAUUAGAAGUACAGGGACCUAAGUGGAUGACCAAUUCUCGCUUGGUGAAGUAUCGAGCCCAGUUAUGUGAAAAUCCACAUAUAAUGAUAAGAGAUCGUACAACCCUAAAUCCUGCUACUCUGAUGCCCUUACCUGAAGAGCCGGUGCACCAGUGUGAAGAAGUGAUGUCCAUAGUCCACUCUAGUCGACCUGACUUGAAGGAUGUACCGAUUCCUGGGGGAAUUGUACUGUUCACCGAUGGGAGUAGUUCAGUCAUAAAAGGAACCCGGCAUGCAGGGUAUGCCGUGGUUACUGAAGAUCAGGUUCUGAGGGCUGAGCCAUUGCCUCCUAACACCUCCGCGCCAAAAGCCGAGUUGAUAGCCCUCAUCGAAGCCUUAAAAUGGGCCGAAGGGAAAAAGGUCACCAUUUACACGGAUUCAAAAUAUGCUUUCCUUACCGUUCAGGUACAUGGAGCUCUAUACAGAGAAAGGGGAUUUUUAACUGCAGAGGGUAAGGAGAUAGCACAUGCACCUGAAAUUCGUCAACUGCUGGAGGCUGUUUGGAAACCUUUCCAAGUUGCUGUAAUCCACUGCCGAGCUCAUACAGGAAAGGCCGACCCUAUUGCUAGGGGGAAUGCUCGGGCGGAUCGGGCUGCUAAGGAGGCCGCCCUUAAACCCCUUCCGAAAACUGUUAACCUCAUGACCAUUUCGUUGCCUCCCAUGCCCUCGCAAUUGCCUUACACCAGAGAGGAAACCGAGGAGGGACAGGAACAAGGUUAUACCCGCCAACGGGAGUGGUAUGUCCUUCCUAAUGGAAAGAUCUGGGUGCCUCAGCGUAUGGCUCGAACUGCUGUGUUUCAUAUGCACAAUCAGUGUCAUCUAGGCAAAGAGGCGCUUCGUCAUUUAAUUGAAAAGACUAUGUUCAUCGAUAAGUUGGCUUCUCUGUGUGCCGAGGCUUCCCGGAGAUGUGUGAUAUGCGCCCGAAACAAUCCCAGGAGGGGACCUGUUCCUGAGCCAGGCCAAAUUCUUCGUGGGAGCCGGCCAUUCCAAGUGAUCCAAAUAGAUUUCACUCAUAUGUCACCUGCCGGCGGGUAUAAGCUUUUACUGGUGACCGUAUGCACCUUCUCCCGAUGGGUCGAGGCCUGGCCAGUUAGAUCUGAAGGAUCCAGGGAAGUGGUUAAACAUUUACUUGAAGAUAUCAUCCCCAGGUACGGCCUGCCUAAGCAAAUCAAUAGUGACAAUGGUGCAGCCUUCCAAGCUGAAAUGACUGAAAGGCUUAGUAAAGCGCUGGGACUGGAUUGGAAGCUUCAUUGUGCCUGGAGACCCCAGAGUAGCGGGGCAGUAGAAAGAGCUAAUCAGACCCUCAAAUUACACCUUAGGAAGAUGUGUGCUGAAACAAGGACUAAAUGGAUCCAGAUGCUGUUGGCGUGUAAUCUCAAAGUGACCACUCAAGCCCUGCAAGCCGAGAACCAGAAUCUCCAAGCCUUGAUUGCCCAAGUCCAAGCAGCGCCGGCUGGGGCCGCACCGGUCCCAGUCAAAUCUCCGGUGGGGCUCCCUGUUCGUUAUGGGGCCCAGAGCGAACAAUUUGCUAUGUUUCUAGCCCAAUGUGAGUUGUACAUUCAGGUGUGCCAAGCGGAGUUCCUGACAGAUGAUGCGAAGGUGGCAUUCAUCAUUAGCCUGCUGGAAGGAGAGGCAGCCAAGUGGGCCACCCCGUAUUUGAUUCGCAAUGACCUGGUACUGCGACAGUUUGUUGCCUUUAAGAAUGCAAUGGCGGAGAUGUUCCGAGAUCCACAGAGGAAGGAGACGGUGGCCCGCCAACUGGGAACCCUAAGACAGGGAAGAGGCUCAGUGGGGACGUAUACCAAUGCCUUUUGCAUUCUAUCUCAAGAAACGGAUCACAGCGACCCAGCCUUGAUGUAUUUCUACUGA